CGGGGUUUAAAAAAUUCACAUACUUCAUAGUUCAGUCUUCAGGCAGAGUCGAGUUAAAGACUUAAAAGGUGCGUUGGUUUCGCAUCCUGGUUCGAAACCCCCCUUUUCGUUCCAUCAUUCACAGGUCUUCUAGAUGGCGAUUUAAAAACCAAAUUUAAACGCCAAACAGAGUUCUGAAGAAAAAAACAUGGCUGAAAAUCUUCAAAAUCAGCUCAAGGAAGUUGGAUCCAAGCUCGAGAACCCACCCGCUAGUAAAGAUGAUCUUAUCAAGCUUCUUUCGCAAGCCACAGAAUCUCUCUCUGAGUUGGAUCAAUCACCACCAAAAGCAUUAUUGGACUCUAUGCAGCCUCUUCUGAAUGCUAUAGUCAAGCCAGAAUUGCUAAAGCAUGAAGACAAAGAAGUUUCACUUCUUGUUGCAAUUUGUACUUGUGAGAUUACCAGAAUUACAGCUCCUGAAGCACCAUAUGAUGAUGAUGUUUUGAAGGACAUCUUUCAUUUGUAUGUAAGCACCUUCAAUGGGUUAAGAGAUACUAAAGAUCCAUCUUUUGAGAAAAGAGUAAUUGUGUUGGACACUGUUGCUAAGUAUAGAUCAUUUGUUGUGAUGUUGGAUCUUGAAUGUGAUGAUUUAAUCAACGAAAUGUUCAAAACAUUUUUCACUGUUGCCAGAGAUGAGCAUCAUGAAACUGUUAUCACAGCAAUGGAAACAAUCAUGGCUGUUCUUUUGGAAGAAAGUGAGGAAAUUGGGGAGGAUCUUUUAUCCAUUAUUCUCUCUACUUUAGGCCGUGAUAAGAAAGAUAUAACUGCAGCUGCAAGGAUGCUUGCCAUGAAUGUUAUAAAGCAAAGUGCUGGAAUACUUGAACCUGGAAUCAAGAAGUUUAUUUUAUCAUCAAUGUCAGGAGAUCACAGCUCUUCGAAUCCUCAAAUUGAUUACCAUGAAGUUAUCUAUGAUAUUUACCGUUGUGCCCCUCAGGCCUUAUCAAAAAUUGUCCCAAACCUUAAAAGAGAGCUACUGACAGAUAAAAUAGACCUUCGUUUAAAGGCAGUCAAACUGGUGGGAGACCUUUUUUCUAUCAAAGGAUCUUCCAUCCCUCAGACAUUUCAUCCAAUCUUUUUGGAGUUUUUGAAGAAAUUUAAUGAUAAAGUUGUUCAAGUCCGGAUGUCAGUUGUUGAAUAUGCCAAGUUAUGUUUAUUAUCUGAUCCUUUAAGAACAGAAGCUCCUCAAUUACUUGCUUGCCUAAGUGACAAGUUGUCAGAUGAUGAUGAAAGUAUACGCAAACAAGUGGUUGCAGUAAUUUCAGAUGUAGCAUCUUUGGAUUUAUCAUCCAUUUCACCUGAAACCAUAAAGCUUCUAGCUGAGCACCUUGAGGACAAAUCUGUUCUUGUGAAAAACUAUACCCUAGAGAGGCUUUCAGAUAUAUAUAGAACUUGGUGUUUGAAGAAAAUUGGUGGUUUGAAUGUGAAUCAUGACUAUGAUUGGAUUCCUGGAAGAAUUUUAAGAAGUUUCUUUGACAAAGAUUUCGGACCAAACACAAUUGAGCACAUUCUAUCCUCAUCCCUCUUCCCAGUUGAGCUUUCGGUCAAAGAUAAGGUCAAAAACUGGGUCAAACUAUUUUCAAAAUUUGAUAAAGUUGAGGUGAAUGCUUUAGAGAAGAUACUGGAGGAAAGGCAAAGGUUACAACUAGAGUUGCAAAAGUAUCUUUCGAUCAGGGAGACAUAUAAGGACAGUGAUGCUUCAGAGCUCCAGAAGAAAACCACAGUUUGUAUCCGCUUCAUGUCCCACUGUUUAGCUGAUCCCAUAAAAACAGAAGCAGAUUUUCAGAUUCUUAAUCAGUUAAAAGAUGAUAACAUAUGGAAGAUCUUGACUACAUUAGUGGACCCCAACACUAGUUCUCUUCAAAGUAGGAGCCUUAGGGAUGAGCUGUUUAAGAUAGUUGAUGAGAAGCAUCCACUUUAUGAACUUCUAAGCACUCUUUUUAUCAAAAGCUCAUACAUAAUCUUUGACAAGGACUUUGUCAAAAAUCUUCUUCUAGAGACUGAACAACAGAAAUCUGAUGGGAACAAAUUGUUAAUUCAAUCUUGCAUGAAUCUACUUGUGAUCCUUUCAAGCUUCAGUCCUUUGCUGCUAAGUGGGAUAGAAGAAGAUUUGGUGCAUCUUCUAGAAGAUUAUGAUGAUGAUGCAAUCAAAGAUGGUGUUUUGCAUGUUCUUGCAAAGACUGGUGAAACGAUUCGUGAACAAUUGGGAGAUUCAUCUAGUAGAUUAGACCUUAUACUUGAAAGAAUAUGUUUAGAAGGAAGUAGGAAGCAGGCCAAGUAUGCUGUACAUGCGUUGGUGGCUAUAACAAAAGAUAAUGUGGUCAAGUCACUUUCGGUUCUAUAUAAGCGACUAGUGAAUGGGCUAGAGAAAAGGACGAAUUUGCCCUCUGUGCUACAGUCUUUGGGGUGUAUAGCACAGACUGCUAUGCCGGUUUUUGAAACACAAGAGAGUAAAAUCGAAGAAUUUAUUAGAAAAAAUAUCUUAAGUUGCAAUCAUAAACCAGUAAAUAAGGCGAAAAAAUCUUGGGAUAACAAAAGCGGACUUUGUUCAUUAAAGAUAUUUGGCAUUAAAACUCUGGUGAAAAGCUAUCUUCCUGUGAAAGAUGCACAUCUUCGUGUUGGUAUUGAUGAACUGUUAAAAGAUCUCCAUAAUAUACUUUCUUUUGGAGAAAUCUCAAAAGAUGUGGAAUCAAGUUCUGUUGAUAAGGCCCAUUUAAAGCUAGCUUCAGCUAAGGCAAUUAUUCGUCUGUCAAAACAUUGGGAUAAAGAGAUUCCAGUUGAUCUAUUUCACCUCACCUUGAGAACAUCAGAGGCUAGAUUUCCUCAAGUUAGGAAACUAUUUCUCAAAAAAGUACAUCAGUACAUAAAGAAUAGGAGUUUGGAUCCCAAAUAUGUUUGUGCUUUCUUGUUAGAUUUCAGAUCACAGAAACCUAUUCGGGAAGAGGAAAAUCAAAGUCUUAGUGAAAUUCUUGAGAUGUGUGAGCAAUGGAAGAAGGCCAAUGGGAAUUCCUCGGUGUACAUUCUUCCCUACUUGAUUCAUGCACUUGCUCAUCAUCCUUCAUGUCCAAACAUUGAUGAAUGCAAAGAUGUCAAAGCAUAUGAACCUAUAUUCAGGAAAUUGUAUAUAUAUUUUUCUAAAUUAGCAGCAGGAAAUGAAGGUGGCAAACCUGGAGUAGGGCUAAAACAGGAAGAUGUAAUUUCGAUAAUUUCUGUUCUUCGAACUAUCAAGUUCUCAAAAGAUGCUGUAGAUGCAAACAUGUCAAAGAACUCAUAUGCAAUCUGUGAUCUUUGCUUGAUAAUCAUCAAACGGUUGGCGCAAAAACAUGAAGAUCUUUAUGAAUCGGUUGUGCCUCUUACUUUGCCUGAUGAGCUGUAUACACCACACAAGAAAAAGGAAGAGGAAAAAGAACAUGAGAACAACGAAGAUGAGAUAGAAGAGGUUAACAAAGAAGAUGAGAAGGUAGAAGAAAUUAGCAAAGCUGAGAAAAAAGAAGAUGAGAAGAUAGAAGAAAAUAACAAAGAUGAGAAAAAGGAAGAAGAAAUUAACAAAGAAGAUGAGAAGAUGGAAGAAGAGAACAAAGAUGAGAAAGAAGAAGAAGUUAACCUAGAAGAGAUUAACCAAGAAGAUGAGAAGAUGGAAGAAGAUAGCAAAGAUGAGAAAAAGGAAGAAGCAAUUAACAAAGAAGAUGAGAAGAUGGAAGAAGAUAAUAAAGAUGAGAAAAAAGAAGAGGUAAGUAACAAAGAAGAAGAGAAUAAAGAAGAUGAGAAGAUGGAAGUAGAUAACAAAGAGGAGAAAAAAGAAGAAGAAAUUAACAAAGAAGAUGAAAAAAAAGAGGAAACUAGUAAAGAAGAUGAGAAGAUGGAAGAAGAUAAGAAAGAUGAGAAAAAAGAGGAAGUUAUUAACAAAGAAGAUGAGAAAAAAGAAGACGAGAAAAUGGAAGAAGAUAGCAAAGAUGAGAAAAAAGAAGAAGAAAUUAACAAAGAAGAUGAGAAGAUGGAAGAAGGUAGCAAACAUGAGAAAAAAGAAGAAGCAAUUAACAAAGUAGAUGAGAAAAUGGAAGAAGAUAGCAAAGAUGAGAAAAAAGAAGUAAUUAACAAAGAAGAAGAGAAAAAAGAAGAUGAGAAGAUGGAAGAAGGUAGCAAACAUGAGACAAAAGAAGAAGCAAUUAACAAAGAAGAUGAGAAGAUGGGAGAAGGUAGCAACCAUGAGAAAAAAGAAAAAGAAAUUAACAAAGAAGAUGAGAAGAUGGAAGAAGAUGAUAAAGGUGAGAAAAAAGUAGAAAACAUCAACAAAGAAGAUCAGAAGAUAGAAGAAGAUAAAAAUGAUGAGAACAAAGAAUAUAAGAAAAUAGAAGACGAGAAGAAAGAAGAAAUCAACAAAGAAGAUAAGACAAAAGAAGAUGAGAAGAUAGAAGAAGAUGAGAAAAAAGAAGAGGUUAACACAGAGGUGACAGAAGGUCGGACAUGGUUGGCUGAUGAAAGUGUUUUUGCCCACUUUGAGUCCUUAAUCUUGGAAGCUAAUGGCAAUAUUUCAUCAAAAGUCAAUGAGGAUGAUAUCAUGAAGGAUAGUGAAACAGAUGGAAACGAGAUUCCUUUAGGAAAAGUGUUGAAACGUUUAAAAGCCAAAGGAUCCAAGGCAAGAAAGGAAGUGAAAAACGGGUCCACACCCACACCCACACCCAAACCCACUGUUGAAACUGAAAAUAAUAAUGUUGAUAUCAUGGGAAUGUUGAGAGAAAUAAAUUCAGAUAAUUUGGUUGUAUCUGUAUCAACAGCAAAGUUUGAUUCAAGCAAUGGGCAUGGUGAAAUUAAAACAGAAGCAGAUUUGAAAAGGAAAGGAAUCCCUGAUGAUCUAACCAAUGUCCCUGUACCCAAGCGUAGGAGGUCAACAACUUCUGCAAAAGGGCAUAAAAGGUCAUCUUUUAUAACCAGUCGAAUGAAGGGUGGGCCCACUUUCGGUAAUAAGAUGGAUGAUGAUGAUGAUGAGGAUGAUGAUGAUGGACACAGUGAUUCAGAAGAUAAAGUUAGUUUGGAUAGAGGUGUUUUACAUAAAGAAGAGGCCAUGAUUACUGAUGAAGUUGAUUUGGAGAAGCCUAAAACGCCUGUGGAUACUCAGAAAUCUGGGAAUCUCAGGAAGCGAAAACGAAGAAGGGUUUCACGAUUAGUGAAGUGCACAACGGAUGCAACCGAAUUUAAAACCAAAGACUUGAUUGGAAGACGCAUCAAAGUUUGGUGGCCUAUGGACAAGGAGUUUUAUGAGGGCUUAGUGAAGUCUUAUGAUCAGGAAAACAACAAACAUGUGGUAUUAUAUGAUGAUGGAGAUAUUGAAGUGCUAUGUUUGGAUAAGGAAAGGUGGAAACUUGUUAAGAGUGGGCAUAAACUUGCAGAGAGGAAGCUCAUGACAUAUAGUCCACCCCCUAAAGAAGGAACAUCUAAGAAGCUUAAGUCAUCAGGUAGCUCCAAGCAAACAAAGGAAUCAACUGACAUAUCACCAUCAUCUAUGGUAAGAGGCAAAAGAACCCCAAGACAGAAUUUGAACCAGGGGCAAAAAGGGGUAUCACAAAGAAGUGCAUAUUUGGAAAUUCGCAGAAGCAAAGAUCCUGAUGCAUCCAUGCCUGAUGUCAUAUCCUCUAAAAUCAACAAUUUGGAUGCAGUUGAAGCAGGUGCAGAGAAUUCAGACAAGUUAGAAAAGUCAAGAUCCAAGGAGAACCAAACAACAGGAGAUGCAGAGAGCAGCUCAAAUGAUUCCAUGUCUUCUCAUAAAAACGAACCUAGUUCUGUGCAGAAAGAAACCAAAAAUGACGAUUCUGCCCCUAGUGAGACACAUGGAUCAGAUUCAGAAGAAAGUGGCGAGUCAACAGAUGUACAAACACCAGAUGGAAAAGAAUCAUCAGCUUAUGAUGAUUCUGACAUGGCAGGAUUCACAGACGACGAACCUCUUGGUGUGUGGAAGGCUCGAGUUGGGAAAUCUGGUGAAGGCAAAUAAGUUGUGUAGCAUGUAUGGACUACUCUGGUGUAUCUUAGAGGGAGGG